AUGCAGAACGCUCCGUGGAAGCAGGUCAAAGAGCUCACAAGCAGCUAUGUAGAAGGCUUGGCAGCGCAGGAAGCAAUAAGCAAACAAUCAGUUACAGGCAAGGUAGCCAAAUCCGCUGCAAAGAGCGCGCUCAACAGGGGAAAAGCUGCUGGAGCAAACGUCAAACGCAAGUUGCACGAAGAACCCUCUUCGUCAGGUGCCGAGAGUUCAGACAGCAAGGAGCGCUGCCAUGCCAAUGGCGCCGCAGUUUCUUCUCUCACCUCUCAGGCGACGAGGUUCCUUGCUGGCAUUCAGAACGGAACAUGCUCAAUCUAUGAGCUGGGGGGCGGUUCUGAACGGGGAAAGGAGGGUUCCCCUGGCCUGGCCUACCUCAUGACCGUCUGGAACCACAACUAUGGCAGGCCAAAGCCGCUUGGACGACCGAGCAAAGACAAAGCCCUGCUCGAAACGGUCCAUUGGGACACCCUGGGGAAGGCCAGCUGCACCUGCGACCGCGGGCGCCUGGGUCCGGAUGCUCCAUGCGUUCACAAGUUGGCGCUUGAAGCCUUGGGGUCGCGCCAGCAAGCCAACCACGUUGCGCUCCAGAAGGGCAGGCGGGUGAUCGAGGUUCCCUGCAGCAGAGGGCCUGAGCGGGUCUUUGGCGUCUACUGGAACGCGGCUUCCCCUUCGCCCAAGCGGACGAUGGUGCAUUUGAAGAAUGAGGGCGUGCGGGAGGAGUGGUACUGCGAGGGCGGCAAGCUGUCGGGCUGCAGCACGUCUGGAGACUGCGACCACAUACGAGCCGUCAAAGACGCUCUCUGUCCGGGCAGAAGCAUCGAGAUAUUGAGCGGCUGCUUGUUCUCCGAGGAUCAACUGGCAAGGGCACGUGCCUGGCUGCUCGAAACGGACAGGAAGGAGGAGAGAAAAGGGGCGCCGGAGUCAAAAGAGGGAGGCUCGGCAGAAGUGUCGUCCGACAUGUCUUCGGUCGAACGGUACCUGAUGGAGCUUUGCGUGGGCCAGCCUCAUGAUGCAAGCUGCAAAGGGGCCUCGUGCUUCUGUAAGCAGCACCAGCAGCUCUUCGGAGGGGUUGAUUUUGAGCGAGGGACUUGCAAGGACGGGUGCUGCAAACUCGAAACGAAUACGAACGAGGUCGGGGGAAAGAGAGGAAGACAGGAGUCGGGAGACCGUUGCUCUGGACGGGGGCCAAAGAGGUCUAAAGCAUUUUGGGCAGCUCAGGAAGAGGAGGGCGGUGGGCAGCUGAAGGAAACAGGCGCGCUGCAAGCUGAAAAGGAGGAGGUUGUGCCCACGCACACCGCGCCGCAGACGUUGAGUGGAGGGGACGGAAGGGACGCCAUGAGCGGCGUAACCAGAGUGUGCGCAAGCUGCGUAUGCCCGGCUUUGGCUUGCCCCCAUGUUGCCGGGAAUCCGCUCUGGGCUCCCGUACUGCCCUUGGACGCGAAAAGUGUGCAGCUCGAGCUCCCCAAGCUGGUCCGGCCGACUGACAGCUUCGAGGUGCACGAUCCGCUGGUGACGUCGCUGCGGCGGCCAGUGAGAGUGAGCGAGCUCGUGCAGAGGGACUUCGAGGAGCUGAGCGCCGUGGGGUGCUUGUCUGCACCCUGCCCAAAGCCUGAACUGGCUCCCUGUGGCACCGCGUGGCAAGCGUUGCUGCAGAGCGCAUGCGUGCACUCACUGCAAUGGUCGCAAGAGGUCAAGGUUCGGAUCUACUGCUGCAGAUGCCCGGUGAAGCACACCGUCCACUUCAACGGGGAAGCGCUCGGCCUGUACGCGUGGAGCAGGGCCAUAAUCGUCACGCAAGAGUCGUGCCAGCUUCUGCUCCGUAUUGUUCAAGGGACCGGAUCAGCCUUCAGCGGUCUGAUCAGCGCACAGAAAUCGGUUCGUGGGCGCUUCUCGCCGGGGGCCGCUCCCCUCCUCAGCGAGGAGUCCUGGCGAAAGGUCUGCUUGGCCUUCUUCCGGCUGUGUGGGCAGAGCAUCCUCGAGUGCUGCAGCCUCUGUGGCCCUCACCCAGACGUUCUGCUCUGCGAUGGUAUCGCCGGGCUAGCGUGCGCGGACGGUAGCAGAUCGAAAGGCGGGUUGGCGGGGACGGCGGCAAGCGAACUCCGGCCUUUCACGGCUCCAAGCCGGAACAGUUCGGGGGAGACUGUCGUCAAGCACAUGGAAGCCGGUGUGAACUUCAGCGCGACUGCAUUGGAGGGGCGGGGGCUGAAGCGGCGCCUGAUCCACCAGCCGGAGCUGCGGGCUCUGCUGGCGCGGUACAGCCAGCAUCAUCCGAAGGACCCGGACCUGGGCGCGCAGCUGAGCGAGGGCGAAUUCCAAGAGCUGCUGGUUGCGCUGGAUCGCGAUGACGUGGAACUCGUCUCCGACUUCGUCGCCAAUCCGGACGAUGCGGACGCAGAGCCCAUCCUGCUGCACUGGAGGAGGCGCCUUCUGCAGGAGCAGAUCGGGCAGAUUCGAUCGAAGAACCGAGCUGCACGGCUGCUGUUGGAGGGGAUCCGGGGGGAGACUCCGGGCGCCAAUAACGGUCGAGUGCGGUCGCCGCGAAAGUGGUGGGCGGAACCGCUGUACGCUCUGGGGUCCCCUCAAACCGUCAGCGACGACAGCAAUCUGAUCCAGCAUUGGCGGGCGCUUGCUGUUGUCCGGGCGAUACUGUUGGGGGGUCCAGUAGACCAGGGGGGCAAGGCCGUGCUGGCAGAGCAUGCGCCCAUCCUUCGUCGAGUGCUGGACAACUACGACGAAGUGUUUCCGGCCUUCUUUUUUCCCACGCUCCAUCAUCUAUACCGACUGACGCUGUUCGGACGCGGGGCGGUCGGGCUGGGGGUCGGUCGAGCCGGAUGGGCGCUGUCUGCUAUCGAAGGGUUGGAUGCCUGCGUUUGGCUGCUGCAGUUGCGACGGGAGGUCCCAGGGUCUUGGAACGAAGAGAGAGAGGAGAGCUACACGUUCUGGAGAGGAAGAGCAAACCGGCUGCUCCCCGGCGUCGAGGCUCUGCGCCCCCCACCCCCCCUCGAGUAUGCCCUUAACCAAGCCGAACGCGAGCUGCUGCACGAUCGGCUGGGUCUCUCCCCGGACGGACGGCUUCUCGAAGCGCUCCCCAAAGACCACCCUUACUGCCAAGAGCAGAACGCGCUCGGCUGCUACCCCCUCCCCAGUUGGGAGCAGAAACGGCCCCUGCCCCAGUACAAGCCGUUUGAAAAUGACCUUGGUCUGGCGGUCGAGAGCAGCGAGGAGCACCGCUGUAAGAGCGGUCUCACUGUCGGGGAGUUUGAUGCCAAGGUUGCGGCGGCCAAGAGUGAGAAGGCGGGCAAGCGGCUGCAGAAGCACACAAAGGGGGGGUUCGUCUUCUGCUGCUCUCACAGGGUGAUCUACGGGUUCCAUGCGAUGCUCCGGGGGGAGUCUCCUCGUGAUCCGUUCGCGGUGCUGUACACCCGCCUCCAGCGGCACAAUCUGCCUUCCUUUCUCUUCUACGACAACGCCUGCAAGCUGCGCGCGUUCCACUUUCAGAAGACUGGCGCGGAGGCGCACAAGUGUGGCCCUCAGUACAAUCCUGAUUUAUACGACGCUGUGCGCUGGGUUAACACUUCAGCGGUGGAGAGCGUCAACUCCUUCCUGAUAAAGUUCAAGGUGCUUGCUUGGUUUUCCGCUCUCGAGUCCUUCAUGAUCAUUCUAGCUAACGUAGUGAGCGGGCGCAACGCAGAGUUGACACGUGUUGAUGACCAGAAGAUCAGAAUAGCAGCCAGGGUUGAUCAGUGGUCGCCGGCAGUUCGCGCAGCUCUCUUGUACAGGUGA